AUGUUGCACGAAAUCCGCUCGAGAACCGACUGGAGAAUGGCGUUGAAGGAGACACAACUCACGCCAGAUCUGAUCUAUUUUCACUUCUCGAUCAGACAGGAAAUGGAAGCAAAAUUUCCUGAGUCACCAAUCCGUGUCUUCACCUAUCCAGAGCAUGGAACGAAAAAAUACUGGUUCAUGUUGAAGGACAACUUGUUCAUUGACGCUUAUUGCAUGGUUGCACAUGUGCCUUCGACUUCUUUUAUCGCUGACGAGUUCAUCGAAUGCCUUCGCGAGUUUCGUCUUCGUGCCUUGGGUUGCAUGGGAAGUGAGAGGCCACAUUUGAUGAUUGGAAAGGAGAAACUUGUGAAAUUGUACUCUGGGCUGAUGAAGAAGCACACAUCAACUCUGGUCGCCGAAGAUUUAUGCCUCAAUCUUUUCUAUAUGACUCGCGAUCAAGAGCAAUUGACACUUCAGGUUGAUCCAAAAGUGCCAAUCGGUUACGAGGAGAGUGAGAUUUCUCCGUAUGAGGAAGCUGAACUGGUAAAUUCGACGUGGAAAUUUGCAAAAGAUGGAGACAUUGAGCAAACUGCCACGAAGUUAGCUCGUCUUCCGUCAGCUUGCAUUCGGUACAAUGGAGAACCAGUGGCGUUCGAGAUGUUGGAUCCGGCUGGCUUCUUUAACAAUCAAUUCGUUUUCGAGGAUCAUCGGAGAAAAGGUCUUGGAACAGCUGUGGAAUUGAUGUUGGCUCAGAAAUGCAUCAGAAAUCAAAUGACUCCCUACAAGACCGUGUACAGAGGCAAUAAAAUCGUGUUGGAGCACUCGUGCAAGAGCCCACUCUGGAGCCGAUGGGAGGAGAACGGUCAACCGGUGACGGUCAUCUUUCAGACUUGGACCAACGAAGCAAAUGACUCGGCU